AUGUAUGCAUGUACCGUGCAGUCGCUUUUCAACAUGUCGGCGAUGGCCGAAGCGUGUAUAAAAACCGCCCCCACCCUUCCUGCAGAUCGCGGCCUGAGAAAACGAACAUUCGCUUUGGAACAUCGCAGUCUGGAUGGGUAUUGUGGGGGUCUGGAACACACUGAACGCUCUGGAAAGGCCGUUAAGCUUAAAGCUUCUUUGCCAGCCUGUGGGGACUGUGGGGAGUGAGAGUACCUACAUUUCUUGCGCCAAUCCAACUCUCUCGGUCUCACGCGCACAGAACGAACAAUCCAAUCCGACACUGGCAGGCGUAGCCUUUAGCCUGUCUACGGAACCCGCUAGAUCUGCGGGUAGCUUGUCCAUCUUUUUGGUGGCGGAGGUUACCUACCGGCUACCAUAUGUACUUAAGUUGACUCGGAUCCUCUGUCUCAUUGCCAUUCGGAAUUCAAUUGGAAGAUGUCUUCGAACACCACCGGAUUCCGAGACAUUGCCGGCGACGACGACGUGGGUACCACACAGGCGCCGACCGAUCUCCCAGUACUCUCGCACUCCCUCUCGCAUACAUCGGCUACACGCCCCCACCCCUCCGCCGAGCAUGACCCGGAGAAACCUAGCUCCGCCUCCUCCGAUGAUGAUGAAGGGCCAGAGGUGGAAUACCCCGAAGGCGGCCGGGGAGCCUGGACGGUGGUCUUCGGCAGCUGCAUCUCGAUGAUCGCUAGCUUUGGCGUCAUGAACACCAUUGGGACAUUGCACGCACACCUCAGCGAACACCAGCUUUCGGGACACUCCACGGGUGAGAUUGGGUGGAUCUUUGGAAUGUAUUCUUUCCUGAGCUUUUUCGGCGGGAUACAAAUUGGACCGAUAUUUGAUGCGUUUGGACCGAGGGCACUGUUGGUGCUGGGAACGGUGUGUUUAGUGGUGGGAUUGAUGUUGUUCAGCAUCUCUACAGUAUAUUGGCACUUUAUGCUCUCCUUCGGAGUCCUUUGCGGCAUCGGCACAUCACUCAUCUUCACUCCUGCGGUAGCCUCGGUCGGGCACUGGUUUCUCCAGAAGCGCGCGUACGCCACGGGCGUCGCCACGACCGGCGGCUCCAUCGGCGGAAUCAUUUUCCCGCUCGUGAUCCAAGCCGCCAUCCCUUCCGUCGGCUUCGGCUGGGCAAUCCGUAUAGUCGGCUUCAUCGUGCUCACCUUCCUCAUCCUAGGCAACGUCCUGAUCAAAGCCCGGACAUCAAUUAUCAACCCUCCCAGCUCCUCCUCCACAUCCGCAAACAAUAAAUCAUCCCUCCGCCACGCCAUCACCUCCGUCAAAAUCGAUCUCACAGCCUUUGCUGAUCCCCGGUUCUCCCUCACUACCGUCGGCGUGUUCAUGAUCGAAUGGGCCGUCUUCAUCCCGAUAACCUACCUAACCUCAUACUCUCUGCACCUCGGCCUACCAUAUGCCUUCUCCUACCAGAUGCUCGCGAUCCUCAACGUCGGCUCCGUGUUCGGACGGUGGCUGCCCGGGCUCGUCGCCGACAAGACAGGGCGCUUCAACAUCAUGCUGCUAACGUGUUCCUUCUGCCUGCUGACCGUGCUCUCCCUGUGGCUCCCAGCGGCCUACAUCCCCACGCUCGUGGGCAAACAAUCCGUGAUGACGCUCUUCGCGCUCCUCUACGGCUUCGGCUCCGGCUCUGGCAUCUCGCUCACGCCCGUAUGCGUAGGCCAGAUCUGUAACACGCGCGAAUACGGCACCAAAUACGGCACGUGCUACUUCUUCGUCAGCUUCGCGACGCUGACGGGAAUCCCGAUCGCGGGACAAAUCGUUGCCGCGAGCAGCGGAGGGUACCAGGGCCUCAUCGCCUUCACCGCGGCCAGCUACGUCGGCGCCCUCCUCGCUUUCGCGGCCGCACGGUACGUGGGACUCGGAAUGAAGCGCGAAAGCAGGGGGUGGAGGGGGAUCUACUGAUCCCCCGGUCCCCCUCUAUAUAUUACAGUAGUUUACACAACCCCCACAACCACCCUCCCGCCCACCCCAUCCACCUCGCCAAGCUCAGUCACGCCCUCGCGCCGCACAUCCACGCGUCCCACACCGACGCCGCGGUACCCGCGUCCGUCGCUGUCAUCGCCAGCCGGAAUCCAGACGUCGAGCUGCUCGCGCCGCAACGCUGCCUGGCGGCGCCGCCGACGUUGCCGGCGGAAACGGAUUAGCCAUAGGCCGGGCGCGAGAACGGCUAUCGCCGCGACGAAGGCAAGCGGGAGCGCGGUGGUGACGGAGAGGGAGCGG